UCAGCUGCCGGGUUUGUUUGCAAACAGUCCUCCGGCUGCGUGGGUCCCCGCCGCCGCCGCCGCCGCCGCCGCGUCUUCCACGAUGGCGGACACCGCCGACUGCGAGAUCAUCGAGCACCACGUCGAGGAGGAGAUGGAGAAGGAGGGCGCGAGGAGCCGCGCCGCCCCCUCGCGCCCGGGCAGCGUGGCCCCGUCCGACCGGGAGGGAGGCACGCAGUCCUCCCACCGGCUGCUGGCCUACAGCGACGCGCUCAUCUCCAUCAUCGCCACCGUCAUGAUAUUACCCGUUGCUCACACCAAGAUGGGAAACAAUGAGGAGUUGAGGGAGAGUGUCCAGCUCCUGCUGACCACAAAGAUCGCCGUUUACUUGAUGACGUUCCUGAUUGUGACUGUCGCGUGGGCCGCUCACAUCAGGUUGUUUCAAGUCAUUGUUCGCAUCGAUGACUGCCUCGCGCUCCUGAACCUCGCCUGCAUGAUGCUGAUCACCUUCCUGCCGUACACGUUCUCUCUGAUGGCGGCCUUCCCCGAGAACGUCCUGGGGAUUCUACUCUUUUGCGGCUGCGUGAUGGUGAUGGGCGUCAUCCAGGCGGGGAUCGUGCUGUACGCCUUCGGCCGGCCCUUCCUGCUCAACGAGCAGAUCCAGAUCUCGGAGAACCGAACCUUCUACAAGCACCACAUCCUCAAAGUCAUCAUGCGGGUUCCCAUCAUGUGCUUCUUCGCCAGCGUCUUCUCUUUCAUCUUCUUCCAGCUGUCCUACGCGCUGCUGGCGGUCGUCAUCUUCCUGCCGUACGUCUCCCAGUCUCUGAAGUGGUGUCGCAGCAAAGCAAUCGGUCCAGUGCAGGAGAGUCCGGACUCCGUGUUGUUUUACACCUACCUGCCCGACGAGCCCCUCAGCAAGGACCGGGUGGAGGCUUUCAGCGAUGGAGUCUACGCCAUCGUGGCGACGCUUCUCAUCCUGGACAUAUGCGAGGACAACGUCCCGGACCCCACCGUGGUGCGGGAGCAGUUCGGCGGCAGCCUGACGGCGGCGCUGCGGGUCUACGGCCCGGAGUACCUCGCCUACUUCGGCUCCUUCGCCACCGUGGGCCUCCUCUGGUUCGCGCACCACUCGCUCUUCCUCCACGUCACCCAGACGACGCGCCUCAUGGGCCUGCUGAACACCUUCUCGCUGGCGUUCGUGGGAGGGCUGCCGCUGGCCUACCAGCUGACGCACGAGUUCCCGCCCGACUCGCGCAACGAGCUGGAGGCCAUCCAGAUCAGCUGCGUCAUCAUCUUCUUCGCCGGCAUCUUCCAGCUCACCAUCUGGGUGGUCGCCCUGCGCAGCGAGCGGGAAACCCUGCACCCGUACGUGAGGUACGGCGGACGCGAGCACGUGUUCAUGCUGGCCAAGCUGUCCCUGUACCCCUGCGUGGCCCUGGGCACCUUCUUCCUCACCUGCGUUCUGAGCAGAUUCAGCGCCGCCAUCUUCCACCUGAUGGAGAUCACGGUGCCCGUUGCCUUUCUGGUGCUGAGGCUGCUGGUGCGCGUCGGGGUGGCUUUGCUCCGGCUGCUUUUCUGUCCCGAUGGGCCGGACCCGAGGGCCGCGGGGGGGGAGGAGGGGGAGGAGGAGGAGGAGGAGGAGGAGGAGGCGAGAGUGCCGUUCAACACUUUAGUCACUUAGCCGGCUUUAAGGGGAGGAGCCACGAUGCUGCUGAGACGCUCGCCUCAGAGUUACUGUAAGUAAGUAAAGUGAGAGUCGAAUGGAAGCAGUGAAACUGGGAUUGGCGAGACAGAUAAGGGACGGCGGGAAACGGACCAAUAUAAUGUGAAAAUGCUAGUUUUGAUCAGCAAAUAAGAAAAGAUCCGAGGUUUGAAAUGACCAAAGCAUGAGAUUUCAAAGCAGGAAGAGCAGAAACAUUAGAGCUAUUUUCUGUUUUAUGUCCUGUGAGGUCAUCAGUUAGCAGAUUUCAUAAUGACAGUUUAAAAGCGUAACACGAAUAGUCCGUCCAACCGUUUUAAUUUCGUCUUUAUUCAUUUUUUCUUUGAGAGAUAAUUUGUUUCACAUGUUGCUGAAAAAUAAUACACAAGAGCAGAAGUAUUUAAAUUUUAAGGAAUGUUUGCUUGUAUCAAGUUUGUCUCUUUUUUUGUGCAAAUGUAAAUGUUGUAGACGACCAGUCUGUUGGGUAAAUGCACUUUAAACAUUUAACACAACGGGUACGGCCAUAAAAUUGCACUUCUGAAAAUGUCCUUUUAUUCUGAAAACAAUGGCAGGAAAGAAACGUUUUGGUGGUAAAGUGUUUUUAGUUGUAAUUAUUUUACCUACAAGAGGCAAAGAGCCUUCUUUUUGCUUUACUACAGAUUAACCGCUAACACACAAAUUCCCCUUUUUGUUCAGAGAGAAAUGUAAACGGAUCCUUUACUUUUGCCUCUCAGGGCUUCCGUGGUCCACGCUUUGACUUUUUUACAUUAGUUAUCUUCUGAUAGCACGUUAUAUGUUUAUAUGUACGUAGGGCCAGUCUGUCUGCGUGUCUGUUGAUUUAAAUGUCAGUGGUGAUUUAUGUCAACUAAAAUGAUCACAUAUUAAGAUCAGAAUAAAACAUGAAUCAUUUUUUUUACAGGUUUGUAAAUCAUUUCUGUCACUGUCUGUUAAAAAGGCUUCAGCACGAUUUAAGACCCCAGAUGUUGUGAGUGGGCAUUAUUUUAGUUUGUCACGUUUAUUCUGUUGAAGAUGAAUUGACAGACGUUUGUGUUUAUUUACGUGUACCUGAUUUGUAAAGCUAAGAUUGUCUGACAUUUUCACCUAAUUAAAAUCCAGAUUUGUAUUGACAA